AUGAAUAAGACCUUUUCUUUCCUUCUUAAUGGAAUAAUUCGUCACCAGAAAGUAGUUUCACGUGCGCACAUUGUAACCAAGCUGUUCGAUGGUAGCCCAAUAUGGAUGUGCAAAAGUGGAAGGAGAGGUUUUGGGACAUAUGGCGCAGUGACCAGGAAGAGGCAAAAGCAGAGGGACAAAUUCUACGAAGAAAAGUACAGACAUAGCCCUAACCUUGUGCCCAAAUUUUCCAAGAUCAAGAAGGGCAGCAGGGGAGGCUGGAUAUAUAACCCCCUCAAGCAAGUGACCAAAAAUAAUGGUUCGAAUUUUAUGUAUGAACAAAAAGUAGAGGAAGAAGUCAGUACAGAAGAAAGGGAGUGCAUAAAUCGUCUUAUGCAAAUGCGUAAGGAGGUGACCAUGAUGAGGGAGCCUCACUCCUACAGUGGUGGAAUAAAUGACGAGGACAGACAAGAGAUGAUGCAACCCAGUGUGAACCUUUUCUCUAUAUGUGAUAAUUUUAUUGACAAAAAGAAAGAAAUAAUUAACAAAAUUGAAAGCCCACAGUAUUUUGUCGAUACAUAUAUAAAGAAGCUGACCAACGAGUAUACCAAUAUAAACCGCCUUCACGAAAAUGGCAAUGAGAACGGCUAUGCAAAGGCUCCAGGGUAUUUGAGAGAUAUCCGCAAGAAGAGGAGGAAUGUUUCAGGUGGGGCGCUCUGGGGCAACUGCAAGGUUGUGCAUGACGAGAUGUGCGAAGAGAGGGAGGACACCAACAAUUGGAUGGAAGUACCCCAAGAGGAGGAGGCCAUUGUGCAUCCCCCUCAACGACACCCAUUGGGAGAAAUGUACCAAAAGGGGGCAUCCAAAAGAGAGAACCUCUUUCCAAUGGAGGAGGCCACAACUUGUAGGCAAAUCUGGGAGGACAAGCAAAGCAACGGAAUAGAAGGCAAAGAUGCAGAAAUUGGUACAGAACUUGAACCCCUCUUUGAGAACAACCUCACGCAUUGCGCGAAUGGCAUAACCGAUGAGGUUGUACUUGAAAAACGCCAAGAUGAGCAAAAUUUAAAAAAGCUUUACAUUGAAGACAUUUUAAAUUACGCAGAUGAAGGAGAAGAGAUAGACAUAAGUUGCCUAGACGUGUUUACCACAUUGAGCACAACUGAUAGGAAUAGAAAACUAGGGUCUCUUUUUAGCAGCAAGGGAGCUUCAUUCAUUCUUUAUAAUAACUGUAUUAUAGCGUCCAAAUUCUCCAAGGGUACCCUGCAAGAAUAUUUCCACACAAGAAAUGCUUGUAGCUUAUUUGAUAAAUCUUACCAAGUAAUAAUAAAAUUCACGGGAAGAGAUUGUAUUUACUUAUGCAACCAGUUCUUAUCUAGUGACCUAAAUGACAUGAACAUGAACGACGUUUGUUACACUUGCGUGUUGGAUAACAAAGCGUACAUAAUAGAUACGGCUUAUGUACUAAAGGGAGAAAAAGAAGUCGUGUUGAUCUCUUCAGGAUACUAUAAGAAGGGUGUUUAUGAAUUCUUAAGUGAUUACAUUUUAUUUUGUAGAGACAGCGGAAUGGAUGUCAACAUACAAGUCGAGACAAACAAGAGGGUGCUGUCGCUGCAAGGGCCAUUAAGCAACCUGGUCCUCAAUGAUGUGCUAGAUUAUUUUACCUGGGAUAAUGCAGCUCAAGGGAAGAAAAAGUUGAAAUUCCUAAAAAAUGUAAUAAAAGAGGACACAGAAAAAUGUCAACCCUAUGGGCUACAUUUCCAACGAGAAGAAAAGGGAAAGGACAAAUUUGUUAACAUUCCAUACAUGAGUUUUAAAAAAUUGAAUAUGGUGAAAAGUACAGAGGCGUUGAAUGUGGAGGGGGAAGUACCGCCGCAUGAUCAGAUGAACCAAUACGAAAUUCUCUGCGUCCGAUGUGGAGACACAGGAGAAGAUGGAUUUGAAUUCGUUGUAGAUAAUAGCAUAAGUGAUUACUUGGUUGAAUUAUUUUUAACCCAUGUGAAGGUAAAAUUGGCAGGAGCAUAUGCCUUGAAUAUGUUGAGAAUGGAGGCAGGGAUUCCUCUUUGCGGAAUCGACAUAUUUAAAAACACAACCCCCAUUACUGCAUCCCUUGCUUGGACAUUAAAAUAUAAAAAAAUUAAAGAGAGAAAUAUUUUUGGGUACCAAAAUUUGCUAAAGGAAUUUAGCAUGAAGUCUAAGUUUCUACGUAUUGGCAUAGUAUCUAAGGAAUUAAUUUUUAAGACGUGCAAAAUAUUAUCCUAUCCGUAUAAGGAACCCAUUGGCUAUGUAACCUCCUGCACAUGGAGCCCCGUUUAUGAAAAGAGAAUUGCUCAGGGGUACAUCAAAAGGGAGUUUGCCAAAAAUAACGAAAAGGUGCUCAUAUCUAUACCUACCGACAUCCCGCAAGAAUUUUCCAAAAAAAAAAAAUAUAAAAUAUUAAGGAGCAGAUCAGCUCACAAGUUUGCGCUCGCCCAGGUGUGCGCCCUUCCGUUCGUGGAGCAUAAAUAUUAA